UUUAACGGCGAAUCUCGGUCGAUUCGACGAUUGCCUCCCUGCCGUUCGUUCACCAUCUCUCUGUCUGUCUCACACGCGCGCUGCUCGCGCGGUCACACUAGCACGCGGCGAAGAGGCAUUGAGAAACGUGGCCGUCGGACGCAGCGCGAACACGCCUUUCCGUCCCCACGCACACUCACACGUGGGGGCGACGAACGUGGCCGAGCACCCGCGGCAAGGCGCGAGAAGGAGGAGACGGCGGGCGCGCGGCGGCACGCGGUACGUUCUCCCAGCUGCGUGGCUCGUGGCGUGCACGGCGCGCGCUCUCUCUUACGGUCCCGCGGCGAGAGGCGCUGCGCUCAUCUCGGCCUGGAUACCGCGUUGGAAAAGCAAAACAAACAAACAAAAAGACUGAACAAGUACAACUGCAACAAAUAUGGAGUAGAGAGAAGCAUCGAGGAGUUGAGUGUUCGCGACGAGGAGAGCGUUUUGGACUGAAACUAAGCCUUAGGCUCCUGCUGCUGUUUCAUUAACGAAACGAAACGAAGCGAAGGGCGAAUUAUAUUAUCACGCGGCAAGAUGUCUGUCCCGAACGUGCUGGCCAAGGCAUUGUAUGACAAUGUGGCAGAGUCCCCGGAUGAGCUGUCCUUCCGGAAGGGAGACAUCAUGACAGUGCUGGAGCGCGACACCCAAGGGUUAGAUGGGUGGUGGCUCUGCUCAUUGCAUGGUCGCCAAGGCAUCGUCCCUGGCAACCGCCUCAAGAUUCUGGUAGGGAUGUAUGACAAGCAGCAACAGCAGGUCCCUCCCAUCCAGGGCCAGUUGACCGUACCUCCUCACAGCUCCUAUAGCAAGCCCCCACCUUCUUCGCAGUAUACUGCCAUGCACCCUGCUGCUAGCCCUGGCCCAGCCACACCCGACAAUGUCUACAUGCUACCGCCAAGUCACGGCCAUUAUCAGGGCCCCCCAGGGACUCCCAAGGGCCCCUCCAUGGUGCAGAUGCAGGGGAACCAGUUCCAGACCCCCGAGCAAGAUGUCUACCAAGUCCCACCUUCUGUAGGCAGUCAAGGCCAUGGGCAGGAUGUCUACCAAGUACCUCCUUCCAUGAACACAACGCAGGACAUCUACCAAACCCCCCCUUCCUUGGAGAAGAGGAGUUGGACUUCACCCAAACCUCCAGGAAAGGUGGUGGUGCCCACACGGGUGGGACAGGUGUAUGUUUAUGACACAGCAAAAGCAGAACAGGAUGAGUAUGACGUCCCCAGGCACCUGCCAUCGUCCCAAGACAUCUAUGAUGUUCCACCGACUCGGAACCAGUACAGCCAGCAGGUGUAUGAUACGCCCCCCAUGGCAGUGAAGGGCCCCCCACGGCAGGACAGUGGACAGGACAUUUAUGACACACCACCCAGCGUGGACAAGAGCCAGGCCCCAACAACAGUUUCCCAACAAACGGUGUAUGACUUCCCGCCGUCUGUCAGCAAGGAUGUCCCGGACGGCCCCAUCAGGGAGGACACAUAUGAUGUUCCUCCUCAUUUUGUGAAGGCACUGAGCCCGGACAGCAAGCAGCCGCAAACCCCGACUCUCUACUCUGGCACCGCCCCUGAAGAUGUGUACGAUGUCCCGCCCCCAGCCCUGACCAGCAAGCGCCCCUCGGACAGCUUUGCCUCCUUUGGCCAGGAGGUAUACGACAUCCCUGCCAGCCUGCGCCGUGGUGGCCAACCGGUGCGGCCACAGGAGGUGUACGAUUUCCCCCGUGAGCGUCCGGCAGCUGGCGAAGAGGGCGGGGACUAUGUGUACGAUGUCCCACCACAGGUGGUGCGCGAUGCCACUGAGGAGCUGAGCGUCAGCUUUAAGCGUCUCUCAGCCUCUAGCACCGGCAGCACACGCAGUAACCUGUCCACCUCCUCACUAGAUCUGGUCCCUGUCAAGGAGACCUCCGGCGGGCCUUCGUCCAGCACAGUGCGCCUGAAUCUGGAGCUGGAGCCAGCUAUGGAGAGGUUAGCACGCCUGCAGCAUGCUGUGGAGAGCUCUGUCUCCGCGCUCAUGUCUUUCGUCAGUGGCAAUUGGCGCGGAGCUCAGCAGAUGGAGGCGAGCCUCCCGGCUCUGCGGCAAGCUGUAGACAGAGUGAAGGCGGCCGUGCGCGACUUGCUGGAGUUUGCCCGCGGAGCUGUUGUCAACGCCGCCCAGGCACCUGACCGCACGCUACAGGCCAAACUGGGUCGGCAGGUGCAGAAGAUGGAGGAAGGUUACCAGGGCCUGUUGCAGCAUAGCCAGGCGCUGGACAGCACAGGCUGGUCCCUGAGUGCUCUCUUGUCUCCACCCCCGGGGGGCGACGACCUGGACCGCCUGGUUAUGUGUUCACGGGGUGUGCCCGAUGACACCAAACAGCUGGCCUCCUUUCUGCACGGCAAUGCCUCCCUGCUCUUUAAAAGGACCAAGCAGCCGCCGGUGCCCACCGACGCCCUCGGCAACAACAACAACAACUACCCAACAGGUCAGCCCGAGAGGACCAACAUCCAGUCCCGCCCCUUGCCGUCUCCGCCCAAAUUCACAUCAGAGGAGGAGUCCCCAGAAAGGCAAUACGACACCACAGAGGAAGGCUGGAUGGAGGACUAUGACUAUGUACAUUUACAGGGGAAGGAGGAGUUUGAGAAGAACCAGAAGCAACUGUUAGAAAAGGGGAACAUCAUCCGGCAGAAUAAAACCCAGCUGGGGCAGCAGCAGCUGAAACAGUUUGAGCGGCUGGAGCAGGAGGUGACCCGCCCAAUUAACAAUGACCUGUCAGGCUGGACCCCACCCUCACACUACCCAGCGUCACGGAGCACCCUGAGUCCUGGCGACCGGCAGCUGCUACUCUUCUACCUGGAGCAGUGCGAGUCCAACAUUACAACGCUGACCAACGCUGUGGAUGCCUUCUACUCAUCCAUCAGCACCAACCAGCCACCAAAGAUCUUUGUGGCGCACAGCAAGUUUGUUAUCCUCAGCGCACACAAGCUGGUCUUUAUCGGGGACACUCUCUCGCGACAGGCGAAGUCAGCCGAGGUGCGUGCCUGCGUGGCCCAGCACAGCAAUGCGCUCUGCGACAAGCUGAAGGACAUUGUGGUGAGCACCAAAACAGCAGCGCUGCAAUAUCCUUCAGCCGCUGCCACGCGGGACGUGACGGAGAGGGUGCGCGAGCUGGCUAACCGCACGCAGCACUUUCGCAUGGUGCUGAGCCAACUGGCUGCCAUGUGAGGAAGGACCCAACACUUCACCUAUCUGAGCUUUUUAUCUUCUAAGAGACAUGUUUAUCAGACUGGGCAGGACCAUCAGUUGUACAUGAAUCUUUGUAAAUAUUUAAGUCAACUUGUGAAAAACGGGAACAGAGAAUGAACUGUAUGCUUCUGCAAAUCAGAGGAGCAAAGAUAAGUAGUUUUUAGGCUGUAUCGAUUAUUAUCCUUAUUGCUAUACUGUAACUAUAAUUAUAUGAAUUUUAAUUGUUGUUAUUAUUAUUAAGGUUUGAACUUAAGGGUGUUUCACUUCCAGACUCUUGUAUGUAGAAAUCUUUAAAAUGUUUCCUCCCGAGAUGAAUUAUAGAAGAAGAAGUGGGAAGAAAAGUGAACUAAACCUUCUUGUAAAUGGAAGGAGCAGAAGGCAAGAGCUGCGUGUUUGGGGAAGGGGCCCUGGUGGGGGUUCCAGCAGCAGCACCCUGACUGACACACCAUUAAUAUCAUGUUCAGGUCUGCCAUUACCAUGGGACAGGUUUAAUUUGCGGCCCUCUGUACGCUAAUUAAAACAGCCCAAUUACUUAGAUUGAGUGGAUUUUAAUAGCAUCUCCGUUCAGCUUUGGAGAUUUGGGAGGGAUAAACGAGACACGCGAAUCCAAUAAGUGACAGAGAUGAAUAAGACAGUGGGCCUCUUUAAAAGCUGGUGACUGCAUUCCUUCAUAGUACAAACUGUGCAAAGAGAAGGAGCAGAGUCAGCAUUUCUGACACUUGCUCAUUUUUCAGAAGCGCAGUGCUCUGUCAGCCUGCUCCCUUACCCAGAACCUCCUCCAUCUUCGCCCAAGAGACCUGUUCCUUCCACAUGCUCAACGGGAACUUGAUUGUAUUGCUGAUGUCCUGCAUGUUUUCGACACGGUCCAAGACACUGCCGUUCUACUUGCUCUACAAAUGUUGUAGGACGCUGCCAUGUUCCUCAACCUCAAAUUCCCCCACGUUCUUGUAUCCAGAGCUCCAUGUGAGCAGGUGGGAACUGUGUGGAAGACGUCUUCUCGGUCCCCAUGUGCAACUGGAGGUUCUCCUAAGGCCCGGGUGACAGUUUUCUACCCUGUCUUCAUGUAAACUGUGUGGUUGCGAUACUUGCAGCAAGCCACUGAGCAUGGUGCAGCGAGUCAUGCCCAUAUAUGCUGUUCCGUUUUACACACACAAAUUUCAACAUGCGCGCAGUCCAUAUACAGACACAUGGAUGCAGCUUCCCCCCGACAGACAGACAGACACAGACAGACAGACACAGACGGACAGACACAGACAGACAGACAGACACACACACACUGCUCCAACGCAGCUAACGCACAGUCUCUUCAUGGUCUUCCUGUCAUGUUGCAGUGAGAGUGAAGCUCUUGCAGCGUUACAGAAAGGGUGGGUCGAUGGUAGUGUGGCUGGACAGUUGGUACCACAUCUGAUGUUUUCUUACCCCUCUACUGAGGCAAAUGACUUAGAUUGGUCAUUGGUAUCAUAUUUUUUAUAGACCCUAUUGUUAUUCUACACAUUAGUAUGUGUCAGAAACUCUUUAGAGAGGAAUGCAACAUGUUGUUGUGCAUCAAUUGGAAACAAGUGAAAAAGCAUACAAAAAGAAGCAUAUGAGCUUACUGGUAUGUGGUGUACUGGUAUUCUGUUAUCAAAUCUGUGUUGUAAGAUUUGAAAAUGUUUAAAAAAAUAUAUGUUAAGGACAUACUGUGUACUAAGUAACUGGAAAAUAUAUGUUUAAUAUAUUUUCAUUAAAAAUAUAAAUCCUGGAGACUGUGCUCUGUCUGGGGACGUGGGGAUGAGCCUCCUCUAAACCACACUUGCACGUAGCAGGGAAGCUGCCGGUUCGAAGGGUGGGGUGGGAAAUAUUCAAAAAGGUCUUUGUGAGAAUUUCAAUGGCGCCUUGCAACAUUCUUUCAACAUUCGGUGCAGCUCAACAGGUUCCUCGGUAUCAGUGUGGACACCCAGGAAAAGACACAGUGACAGCGGGGGGGAAAUCAGUGGAUGUCAGCAAUCACUGUCCCAAAAUUUGGUCCGAAAAUUGCCGUACAGAUAAAAUGUGGUGCAUUAAUUUCCUUUUCUACUGAAGUACAGUUCAACAGCAAUGGACAUUGCUGACUGGUUUGUGUAAAUGCAGUACAGUUAAAUUCAGUUCAAGAGAGCUAGCAGUUUACCAAAAGUGCAGUCAUGGUAGGAAUGUUGCUGCCCAUGUGUGAUGUUUUUUUAAAAAAAAAAAAAAAAAAGAAAAAAAGAAUGAGCUACACUGUGCGGUUGGUGGAACUCUUGACCUUUCAACGCAGGGGUCUUGAAUAGCAACCCUUGGCCCUUCGGUUCCUUCUGCUGCGUAACUUUGCGUUGCUGGUGGUUUAAGGUGGCAGUGUGCUGGCGUGGUGGUGAGCCGGGGCUUGAAGGUGCGCUCGUUCACAGGCACAAAAGCGACUGGGAAAGGGGCUGAGAGACGGUGCCCACAGUGUACCCAGCCCCACCCUGACCUACUUUCAGAAGAAACAGCCAGGAGCAGGGUAUGUUCAUGACCUUUCUCUGUCCUGCUCCCCAGCAGCUGUUUGGGCACUGAUCCCUCCGCAGAGCGGAUGAAACAUCUUUUAGCAUCACGUGCAAUUGAUUUUGGCAUUUUCACUAGGAUUCCUUUGUGUAGGGUAUGCCCAUGAUGUUUUACUGGUUGUUCUUGUCUUGUCCUUGUCAUUGAUAGUCCAGUGACUUAACAGCAAUAUGGUAUAUUCAGUGUAAGUACAUUACAAGACAGAUCUGUCCAGAUAUGAAGUGCACAAAAACAUAGCACAUAUCAGAGGGGAAAUCAGCACGUUUCUAUUAAGAAGUGUAUAUAAAUACAGUGGCUCAUCUUGAGUCAUGUUUCAGUUUGACUGUGUUUACAAUGUUUUCGGAAUUGUAACAUUUUGAAAAGAAACAUUGUAAACCACUUUUUCAGUGGUUUUAUUAAAUUAUGUAUUUCAAUACUGAAACUUCACAAUUUCAUUUCUCAGUAAUUGAAUGGCUUUGAUGGCAAUUAGCAAUUUAAUUACUUU